AUGGCAAUACCAUUAACUGUUAUCGGACAAGAAAUAGUUCGUUAUUGUGGGACAUCAACUUUUGCUGUCGGUAUCUUAGGAGGAGUUCUUAAUACUCUAGAAUUUUUUAGUCUUCGAACUUUUCGAGAAAGUUCAUGUGCAUUUUAUUUAACAAUCAUGGCUUUUAGUAAUAUUGGAUGCUUAGGUUUUAGUUUUUCUCCACUUAUCAUGGUGGCUUUAAUCAACAUCGAUGUAAGUAAUACAUCACUAUUUUAUUGUAAAUUUCGACGUUGUAUGUCUCAAGCAUUUCUUGGCAUUUCGAUGACAUGUUUAUGUUUGGCAACUAUCGAUCAAUAUUUUGCCACUUGUGCUUAUCCUCGUUGGCAACGAUUAUGUAAUAUCAAAUUGGCUCAUCGUUUAGUAAUCAUAACUGCUCUUAUUUGGAUAUUACAUGGAAUUCCAUAUUUGAUGUAUUUUAAUCUUGUUCUGUCAUCAACUACAAAUACAACUACUUGUACUAGCACAAGUUCUACUUUUAAUUAUUAUCGAAAUUAUAUUUUUACUAUUGGUAUCAUUGGAUAUCUUCCAAUUGUUAUUGCUGGUCUGUUUUCACUAUUAGCUUAUCGUAAUAUCCAACAGUUAGCUUAUCGUAUAGUGCCUCUUAUACGACGCGAUCUAGACAAACAGUUAACCACCAUGGUACUGGUGCAAGUUCUUGUAUGUGUGUUUACUCUGACACCAUACACCACCAUAAAUGCUGUUGUUACAAGUGUAAAUCUUACAAAUGAUCCAAUCACUCAAAUGAAACUUCAAUUGGUUUUAAAUAUUACUCUAGUUAUGUAUUACUUGUAUUUUGCAAGUCCAUUUUAUCUCUACUUAUGUGUAUCUGAGCGAUUUCGUAGACAAUUUAUCCAUGUAUUAUCUAAAAUCUUCAUCAACUUUUGCAAGCGACCGACAAUACGUGUGAAUCAAGUUAUACCAGAACCAUGA